AAGACAACAUAAUUGCCACUGCAAGACAUCAGUGGGAGCUACAGCAAACCCGAGAUGGGCCAAACAGCCGGUGAAGUGGACAAUCCAGUCAAGGCAGUUUUGCUGGACUUGGAUGGGCUAAUACUUGAUACGGAGAGCCUCUGUGUGGAGGUGGCCCGCAGUGUAGUGGAGCGCUAUGGCAAGGACCUGACACUGGAGGCGCAGAGGGCGGCCCUGGGCAAGCGGCCGCUUGAAUGCUGGGCCUCAGUUGCGGAGAUCCUGGCCCUGCCGGUGCCGGCCGAGCAGCUUUUGGCGGAAUCAGAGCCGCUGCUGGCCGCACGGUGGGCUGAUGCCCCGCUACUGCCGGGCGCCCUGCGGCUGGUGCGGCACCUGGCUGCCAGCGGUGUGCCCUUCGCCGUGGCCACCUCCACGCCCCGAGCCACCUUCAACUCCAAGAUGAGCCGCAAGCCCGAGCUGCGGCAGCUGCUGGCGGAGAGGCCGGGCGCAGUGGUGGUGUGCGGUGACGAGGUUACCAACGGCAAGCCGCACCCGGACGUGUUCCUUGCGGCUGCCGCGGGUCUGGGUGUGCCUGCCGCUCAGUGCCUGGUGCUAGAGGACGCACCCAGCGGGGCGGCGGGCGCGACCAGUGCCGGCAUGCGGGUGGUGGUGGUGCCCAGCCUGGUGGGGGUAGGGGCGGAGUUCGGGCCGGCAGACCCCGCCGCCGCCUCUGGCCUGCUGCAGCUGCUGCCCUCGCUGCUGGCGUUCUGCCCCGAGUCGUACGGCCUGCCGCGCUUCCAUGACACCCUGCCGCCCGCGGGCCACCCGGGCGGCGGCGUCAUCCCCAUGGACCGGGUGGUGCGGCUCAGGGGAGAGGUGGUCAAGGGCUUCGGCCGCGGAUCCAAGGAGCUGGGCAUCCCCACUGCCAACGUGUGCCCAGCGGCUGUGGCCAAACACCUGGCGGAGGCGGUGACGGGCAUUUACGCCGGCUGGGCGCGGGUGGGACAGCGGCCGGAGAUCCACAAGACGGUCCUGUCCAUCGGCUGGAACCCCUUCUUUGCCAACAAGGAGAAGACACUAGAGCCCUGGAUCCUGGCGGACUUUGACCAGCCCUUCUACGGCGAGACCCUGAGCCUGGUCAUUUGCGGCUACGUGCGGCCCGAGGCCAACUUCAGCAGCCUGGAGGACCUGGUGGCGCGCAUUCACGCGGACGCCGACGUGUCCCGCGCGGCGCUGGACUGCCCCCCGCUGGCGGCUCUGGCGGCCGACCCCUUCCUGCUGGACCUGGAGGCCAGCGGCUCGGCGGCGCCCUCCAGGCAGAGCAGCGGCCUGGGGCCAGCAUAGCGGUUGGCAGGGCGGAGAACACGGGAAGAAACAGGUGGUUGAUGGGCGGUGCGGCGGAGAUGCAGGCAGGUUCUUUAUGGGAAGGCUCCGCGAGUGUGAUCAGAGGCACAAGUGGUGGGCUGGUGGCGUGUACGUCACAUGUGAACCGGGUGCGGAAAGGUACGGUAGACACGAGAAUGAAGAGGCUGAUGAGUGAUGAGUGUAGUGACUUGAGGUGUCGAGCGUCAGUGUGAGGCGUUGAGAGAGUCGUUUGUGAUGGCCUAAUCGCUUAGCUGAACUUGAUCAAAAUGGGACCUCGGAUUGGAUGCCCUGAGGUAAAGCCAGGGUGCUCAAGUACUCAAAGCGGCACUGAAAUGCAUGCCCGUGCUGGGCCGCGUGCUGGAUGGGCUAUGACCUUGCAAUUCAUGGCCAGGCGACAGAUGUGCACGCAGCGCCUUACGCGCUAGCUAG